AUGGCAGCCCCCUCUAAAGACGUCGAGGCCGUGGGCAAGGAUGUCCAUGAGCAUGAGGAGUGUCCCAAGGAUAACUUGUACAAUGAUAGCACGGCUGUCGUUGACCACGCUGCCGAGCGCAGCUUGUGCUUCAAGUUUGAUAUUCGUAUCCUGCCAGUUUUGGCGGUUAUGUACCUAUUUAAUGCCCUUGAUAAAGGCAAUCUCAGCAACGCUCAAACCAAUGGUCUCAGCAAAAAUCUUCACUUCAAGGACGGCCAAUACAACCUCGUCGUAUCCAUCUUCUUCGUGCCCUUCGUCAUCUUCGCACCCCCCUUCGCCAUGUUGGGCAAGAAGUAUGGCCCAGCUCGCGCCCUACCCGUCAUGAUGUUCACCUUUGGUUCCAUGACUCUCUUCACCGCUGCCUGUCAAAACUUUAGCGGCAUCUUUGCCGUCCGAUGGUUCCUCGGUAUGGCGGAAGCUGCCUUCUUCCCCAUGGUUAUUUACUACCUGACGACCUUUUACCGACGAGGUGAACUGGCCAGACGACUGGCUGUGUUUUAUGCCGCUUCAAACAUUGCCAAUGCCUUUAGUGGACUGCUCGCUUUUGGUGUGUUCCACAUCAAGUCGAGCAUGUACGCCUGGCGCUAUCUCUUCUUGAUCGAAGGAUCAGUAACCGUUCUCUUUGCCAUCUUUGCCUACUGGUACUUGCCACGAAGCGCAGCCGAGGCCAAGUUCCUCAAUGAAGAUGAGAAGUCUCUUGCCUUCCACCGUAUUCAGGUCGACUCGUCCUCCGUGGUCUCUGAGAAGUUCAGCUUCAAAGAAGCCUUGCAGAUCUUCAAGUACCCUUCGUCCUAUGCUUUCCUCGCCAUCGAAGUCUGUCUUGGUGUGCCACUCCAGUCCGUGGCCCUGUUCUUGCCCCAAAUCAUCCAGCGACUCGGCUACUCAACCGUCAAGACCAACCUGUACACCGUCGCACCAAACGUUACCGGCGCGGCCAUGUUGAUUGUCCUGGCGUUUGCGUCUGAUUUUACUCGCAUCCGAUUCCCGUUUAUCAUGCUCGGCUACGCAUUUACAUUCACUGGAUUCAUUAUCUACGCUGCCAUUUCUGAUGUUCAUGCCCAAAUCCAAGUUGCCUACUUUGCCACCUUCAUGAUGUGCUGGGGCACUUCUGCGCCGUCAGUCCUCCUCUCAACAUGGUACAACAACAACAUUGCUCACGAGGGUCGCCGUGUUACCCUAACAUCCGUCGGUGUGCCUUUGGCAAACGUCAUGGGUCUUGUGGCCAGCAAUAUCUUCCAGGAGCAUGACGCCCCCAAGUACCUGCCAGCGCUCAUCACUGCGGCCUGCUUUGGUGCUACUGGAGCCCUCAUUACGGGUCUUUUGGGACUUUACAUGAUCUUUGACAACAAGAGACGUGACCGUAAGGCCGGGGUCAAGGUCAAGGCUCGAGAUGUGCCAACUCUCAAGUUGCGCGAUGGUCCCAAUUCACCUGAGUUUAGAUGGUAUUUGUAA